AUGCCCAAGUAUCGCCAAUCCAAGAAGGGCAUCUUGGAAGCUGCUUCCAUUGAAGCCAUCGCCGACUAUAUCAAGAAUAAUGACGUGAAGAACAUCAUUGUCAUGUCAGGAGCAGGUAUCUCUACUGCUGCUGGUAUUCCAGAUUUUCGCAGUAAAGAUACUGGCUUAUACCACAAUCUUCAAAAGUUUAAUUUGCCCUACGCUGAGGCUGUAUUUGAUAUAGAGUACUUUCUUGAAAAACCAGACCCAUUUUAUGCAUUGGCCAAAGAGCUAUAUCCAGGAAAGUUUCUCCCCACAAAGACGCAUUACUUUGUACGACUCUUGCAAGAAAAGGGUGUUUUGCUCAGAAACUUCACUCAAAACAUCGACACACUUGAACGUAUGACUGGGCUUGAUCAAGAAUACAUUAUUGAAGCUCAUGGAAGUUUUGCCACUGCAUCCUGUGUCGAAUGCGACGCCACAGCAGAUUCAGAAAUGGUCAGAGAAUAUGCUUUGAAGGGCCAAGUACCUCACUGCGAAAAGUGUGAUCAGUUGAUUAAGCCAGAUAUUACGUUUUUUGGUGAGAAUUUACCCAGGCGUUUCUUUGAGAAUUUGCAUGAUUUUGAAAAGGCUGAUUUGUUGAUUAUCAUUGGUACCAGCUUACAAGUACAACCGUUUGCCUCAUUGAUUGAUGAUGUUCCUGAGCAUGUUCCUCGACUUUUGAUCAACAAGGAGCUGGCAGGCGUGCAUAAGUCGAGAUCGUCUGGAUUCGACUUUAAGUGGAAGAAUGGAUUGAAUAGAGAUGUUGCAUUUUUGGGUGCCUGCGAUGAAGGCGUUGAAAAACUGGCAGCGUUGCUUGGUUGGGACAAGGAUUUGGAUAUGAUAUAUACCAAGGGUCAUGAGAAACUGAAGGCUAUAUGGAAGGCAGAGCAAGAAGCCAAGACGUUGGCCGCAGAGAAAGAAAAGGAGGAUAUUAUUGAGCAAAAGGAAGACAAGGAAGUGGAUGCUCUCGCUGAAGUGUUGGGCAAGUUGACCACAGAGAGCAAGGAUACAGAGCCUGAAAAUAUAAAGAAGCAAGAUCCUCCUAGAAAGCCAGUGACCAGAUCCGACGCAAAAAAGAACCUUUAA